ACUAGCUCCGUGCAUCCUCUCAGGUGAUUCAAAUGCCUCGAAAUAGGUGAUCAAAAAUACCCAGAUGUGACGGUGGACAACGCGCGCGUGUCAGCUCGCGCUUCAAUUAUCACGUUGCGGUCGAAAUUGGGAGCAGGCUCACUCUCCUUCCCGAGUUAAUUAAAACGCCCCCCUGAUUGGACGAGCCCGGAUAAUCCCCGGCGGGGGCCCUCGUGCUCCUACUAACUUGCGAGCAGGGGCAGAGCGCGAGUCACAAUCUGCCCAAGGCGAGGGAGGGCGAGGAGAAAUACGCGCCAGAGGAGGAAAAAAAAAAAAAAACGAGCGCACGAAACGAAAGGGGGGUACAUGAGCGCUCCGAUCUCUGCGAGCACAAUUAGACAGAAGUGUCUGGUGGACGUGGGCUAUGCGCGCAACAAGGGGGAGCGCAGUGUACAGAGGAGGUGAACGCGUGUAGAGGCUCAGCUUCAGACUCACACAGCCUCCUUUUCUUGAAGAGUCACUGCGCUGACAGAGGAAAAAGGAGUGAGGGAAGAGAGGGACUCCCUAGAAAACAGCAACAACUCUCGGAGACAGCAACGUGAGUACAGCCUCCAGUUUUCCACCAAAAAAAAAAACAAAAAAAAACCCCAAAACAAAACAGAAAAACAAAACAAAACAAAAGAUAGGAUAGAGAGGAGCACAAAAGCGGAAGAGUAGACUUUUCCUGGUCAGAGAGAUCUGCUCUGGAAGAGAGAAAAUGAAUGUCAGCGAAGAGAACCUGCUCAAGUCCAUCAGCAACGACGCGCUCCUCGACCUGACGCAGCGCUACGGCCAGUCAGCCUUCGGGUUCGGAGCUGGCCAUGGUGCUGGAAGCCCCGGACGCUUCCCGCUCACGCCGGCCACCGACUUCCUCUCCGGCCAGACCGCCAAGUCCAACGAGAGCGGCGGGGAGCACACGAGCGACGACGAGGACGGCUUCGACUCUCUGGAGUCCCGGAAGCGGGGCUCGUCGUUUGGGGACGACAAGCCCGGGGGCCCGCUCGCCAAGAAGUCCAAGGAGCAGCGCUCCCUGCGGCUCAGCAUCAACGCCCGGGAGAGGCGGAGGAUGCAUGACCUGAACGACGCGCUGGACGGCCUGCGCUCUGUUAUCCCCUACGCCCACAGCCCCUCGGUGAGAAAACUCUCCAAAAUAGCCACCCUCCUCCUGGCCAAGAACUACAUCCUCAUGCAGGCUCAGGCUCUGGAGGAGAUGAGGCGGCUGGUGGCGUAUCUGAACCAGGGACAGACCAUAACUUCACCCAUCCCCACCGCCCUGGCGCCCUUUGGACAGGCUGCCGUCUACCCGUUCUCGGGCUCCGCACUCGCCACCUGUGCCGAGAAGUGCACUACUUACUCCGGGACACCGUCGACUCUCUUCAAACACUGCAACGACAAGCCUUGAUUCGGUUUCCAUCACUCUCUCCUGAACUUUUACCUUGACUGCAACCCCAUGUCGGCCUCUCUCUCUCUCUUUCUCUCUCUCUCUUUCUCUCUCUCUUUCUCUCCCACUCUAGUUAUUUUUAAAUCAUUCUGUGGAAAAUUUAAAAAAAAAACCGAGUUUAGUCUGAUGCAUAAUCUUAAAGUAAGGUUAAGUGAUUAUACUGCAAUGUUUCAUCCAGAUCUGACGUAGAAAAUGAACUUGUUCAGGCCUUUUCUUAUGAGAUGAAGUCAAAAAAAACCUGUCACUUUUUUUUUUUUUUUUUUUAAAUCUAUCUUAAUUUACAUUUAUUUGUUCUCGCUCGUACUUUGAAGACACUGCAGGCCAUGUCCAAAUUAUUAGUUUGGGUUAUAUUUUUUUGUUUUUUAUAUAUAUAAGUUAUUAGCUCUUAUUUGUGAUCUAUGCAACAUUUAAGAAGAAGAAAAAGGGAAAUGGCGAGAAAAUGCGAAGUAAUCUCGACUUUUGUUUUGUAGUUUUAAAUCUGAACAGACUUUGGAGGGAGAAACGAGACGCUGGCUGACACAUUUUACGGAAACUGCUGUGUUGACGAGUUUGUUUUGUUAUUGCAUUGACUUGUUAAGUUACUGCACAUCUCACAUGAUUGUAUUGUACAACUGUGGAACAAACAAAAAAAAAAAAAAAAAAGAAGAAGAAGAAAGAAAGAAAUCACUUGCUCCAAGCCCGGCUAUUCUCACUGGUUAUGUAACUGCAGCCUAUACAUUGAAGAAGCGUUUCUUUUUUUUGUUGUUGAUGUUUGUGUUGCAACAUGGGUUUCAUAUAUUGUUUAUAUGUCUUUAUAAUUAAAAACACAUAUCUAUGCUUGGA